AUGAAAAAAUUGUGGCGACUAUACUUGAUGUUGUUGUUGCAACUUAUAAAAGAGACAGCUGGCUGCUCGCCGUAUUGUGUUUGUCUCUGGAAAAAUGGAAAGCAAACAGUAGAAUGCCGGAAGAAAAACCUCUCUGAAAUUCCGGACGGUCUGGAACCGGCCACGCAAGUUUUAGACUUCCCCGGCAACAAAUUGGAAAUUCUGCAUAAAGAUGUAUUCGUCAAGAAGCAGCUACUGAAUUUGCAGCGUUUGUAUCUUUCGCAUUCGAUGAUAAAAUCAAUUCACUCGGAUGCUUUUCAAGGAUUAACGAAUUUAGUAGAACUGGAUUUGUCGAAUAAUUUAUUAGAAGCAGUACCUAGCGAAACGUUAAUUCGCUGCCCCUCUCUAAUGAAGUUAACGUUAAAUUCGAAUCCCAUUUCAUCCCUUAAAAAGUCGGCGUUUGAACACUUAACGCAACUCAAUACCCUCGAGCUUAGCGACUGUACUAUAUCGGAUAUCGAGGAAGGUGCUUUUCAAGGACUUCACAGUCUGGAGUGGUUACACUUAGACGGUAAUCGCCUGAAAACAAUACCGGGCGGACGAACGCUACCCGAAUACGUGAAGGGCAUAGAGCUCGAGAAAAAUUCAUGGGAGUGCGACUGUCACAUUCAGGAGCUGGCUAUGUGGUUAAAAAAUUUCAAGCGACUAUUGUCGGUGGAGCCCGUUUGCCAAGGACCUCCUCGUCUCGCAGCCAAGACCAUCAGAUCAAUACCGUUGCCUGAGUUAGCCUGCCUUCCUAGCAUAUCGCCCACUUCUUUCUACUUGGAAAUUGGUGAAGGUAAAAACGUUUCGCUAGUGUGCCACGUACAGGCUGUACCAGAAGCCACGGUGUCCUGGUGGUUCCAGGGGCAAAUUCUACAGAACGACACGAUGAUAGCACCUGGUGUGCAUCUGUUGUACUUCGUCGAAGAAGGAACGGAGAAUAAAAAAAGCGAAUUAUUUAUAUAUAACGCUAAUGCGGAGGAUAAUGGUACGUUCGUUUGUAACGCCGAAAAUAUUGCAGGGGUGUCCCAAUCGAAUUUCACAAUAAAGAUCAUUUUGAAAGAGAAUCCGAUCGUCAUUAUUGUUUCGUUUCCAUUCGAAUACGUUCUAAUCGGCAUUGUUGGAAUAUCAAUAUUAGGAAUGUCUGUUAUAAUUGCACUAGUUGCGUUGAUUGUUAAAUGUAGAAUGCGAAGUAGAAGGAAGAAAAAUCCACCUCACAACGAUGAAUAUCAAAUUAACCAAAUUCCGCAUAAUGGAGGUGUAGCAGGAGAAGCAGUGAAAAAUUUAAACGAUUCCUUUAAGCAGCCGAUUGCUCAAGAGCGAAUAGAAAACCUAACGGCAUACGAAAUUUCUACGUGUCAGUUGCCGAAUAGCAAUUUAUCGCCCAGCAGAAACGAAAUUCAAAUUAGGAACUUGGAAACUCUGAAAGAGAUUCAACUCAAACAAAAUCCUGAUAUAAUUAACGGCUGUCGAAGAGAAGGUGACGGGCAAGAUCAUCAGAAUAUUGAAAACGAAUUUAUUCAACCGUUACAAUUGCCUCUAGCUAGAUUGAGGGAAAGCACCGAAUUUUUAGACGGCACCCUACGUUUUGUCGAUCCCGAAGGAUACCCGCUCGACUACGGUUUGCCGAAAUUGCCUUGCCGAACCCAGAAACAAUUUUCCGACGGAUAUUACAGAACGCUGCCGUCGAACAGGUUGAAGAGACACUCGGCCGCCAAUCCGUUCAGGCGAAUCUCCAGGGAGGCGGAAUUUCUCUCAAGAAGUGUUGAUUCGCAGUACGACAAUUCCGUUGACGUUAGAUACACCGCGGACGGAUAUCCAGCGAGACCGUCCUUUCCAACGGACACCAUCAGAGAAUCGACGCCUCCUUCAUCUUUGCCCUAUUGUUCGGUUCAGUGGCCGACGUGUGUCCCCGCGAACGUUCACGUUCUCGAUCCUAAUUUGAGCCUCUCUCUAAACUCGAACGUUACUUAUCAUCAGCAACCCCCUAAUUUAUCUAAACGUAGUGCUAGUGCUCAGACUGAUAAUAACAGUGACGAAUGUCCGGAUAAUAAAGGUCAACAAUUUUUGAGUGCGUCCAGGUCGAAUGUUAAUGACAGUGAAUCCGGUGAAAUUGCUCAAAAUGACUCCUUAAGUGAAGUGCUGACGGAGAGCCCAGACGAGGGAUAUGAAGGAGAACCAUCAGUUGUUUAA